AUGAGGCGCAAACAAGCAUGCAGGGGAAGGGGAAGGCCACGAAAAAAACCCAAUGUGGUCAGUGAGAGACUGGUAAGUGAGAGAGUGGUCAGUGAGAAGGUGGUCAAUGAGAAAGAAGGAGCGUUCUUGAAUUUUGUGAGUCAAAAUAUUGAAGGAAAUGAUAUUGGGUGGAAUCAAUCUGAUGACGAAGACCAUAACGAUGAGGAAUUUAACCCUGAAAUGGAGAUUGAUUCAGGCAAUUCUUCUGCUUCUUCAAUGGGGAGUGACUGGUCGUACAAGGAUCAAAAUGUGAGCUCCGUGGAUAGGACAGUGCAGAGGUUGAUUAGGAAGUAUGGUGAAGUGAAUCUCCAGAUGGGAGACGCAUCCAAGAAGAUUGAUGUUGCACAAACUAAGCCAUUGCAAGUCUUUGGUUCUUGGAGUAGAUUCCAGCAUGAGCAAGAGGCUCCUUCUCAUGAUCCUCGCUGUAACAAGAAAGAAUUGAGUGCUUCUUUGUCGGUUAUUAAGAGGGUUAUGAAAAUGGAUGCAGCUGUACCUUUCAACAUUCCUGUGGAUCCAAUUGCUCUGAGAUUACAUGAUUACUUUGAUGUCAUAGAUACACCAAUGGAUUUUGGAACAAUUUGCAACCAUCUUGAAAAUGGUACUAAGUAUACGAACUCAGAGGAUGUAUUCAAGGACGUCCAAUACAUUUGGAAGAACUGCUGCAACUAUUACAAUGAGGUAAAGAACCAGGGACAAGUAGUGAUAUUGGUUUGCCUUCUCAUAUUUCAUUUUGUCUCUGUUACUGUGCAUUUCAGCAUGGCCUCUUUUGAUUCUGUGAUCACCAUCAGGAGUGAGAUUUUGCUGUUAUUAACCAAAGAAAAGAAUUCAAGAGUAGGUUCUAUAUCAAUUGGUAAAGUUACCAAGAUCCCAGUAUGUUUGGGUUUGUUGGGUACCGGGAGGUGGCAUGCUCCUAUUCCCAUUUUAACAAGCUCUAACAUGGGGAAAAGGAGAACACGAGGGCCCACCCGUAACCUUAAACUAGCUCAAAUUCCAAUUGGGGAAAGAUUUGAAAUCAGCUGGAGGAACCGGAGAGCUGUAGGUGAAAGCUCCACGUUUUUCAAAGCAGAGUGUACAGCCCUAGUUAGGCAAACCCAGGACCUACCCCUUCAGGUCAAGUCAUGGAAGGAAAUCCCAUUUGAUAUUAAAAAGAAGGCAUUUGAACAUAUGUUGAAGCGUUUCAAAGUCGAAGAUCACAUGACAUGGGUGUUGGAUCAGAUUCAUAGAUCCUACCACAAUUAUCGGCAUCACCUCAAGAAGAUGUGGUAUGAAACGUGUGAGACAACUGAGGAAGCACGGAAAAAAGUACCACCAAAUGUUGCGGACGAUGAUUGGCAGUAUCUUAUAAACCUGUGGAGCUCACCUGAAUGGCAGUCAAUGAGUAUGAAAAACAAGGAGAAUGGUUCCAAAAAUAACAUAAUCCACACAUCUGGCUCCAAGAGUUUCUCGCAAAUCCGCGAAGAAGAGAGAAAGAAAACUGGAAAUGACCCUGGACGUACCCUCCUAUGGGAGCUCACCCAUGUGCGGCCUGAUGGACUAGCUGCAAAUCCAGCUUCACAGGAGGCAUUGUCAAAGCUCAAGAAACUUUAUACUCAGAUAUCUGCGGAGAACUCACAGAUGACUGAAGACGAGAUUUUUGUAAAGGUUUUUGGACCUGAGCGUUCGAGUCGGGUGCGUGGUUACGGGGAUGGUGUAACCCCCAAAGAGUUAUGGGGCCCAUCAUCGUCGUCGUCAUCUACUGUUAAUGAACUCAGAAGGCAACUUGAGGAAUCAAAGCAGCGACAAGAGGAGUCUGAACAAAGAAGUGCUGCUGAGCUACAGGGCUUGAAAGAGCAACUUGGUCGGGUUGAGGGUUUGGUAUCAGCUCAAAUGAAUCGCUUUGAAGGUUUACUAGUACAGUUGAUGAGUCAUAUGCACUCCCCGGCCCAGAUUGAGAGACGUACUGAAAUUUCACCCUCCCGAAAUGAGAAAAUUUGGCAUUGUGUAUACUCUGUCUUUAUCGCUGUGCUGUGUCGAAACUGCAUGAAGAUUUGCCCCUUACUGUCUCCAUAUAUUGUGAAAUCAAAUGGAAGCAAGCCGCCCACGAACGACCCGACCUAG